AUGGGUGGGUGGAAUUGUGUGUCAGUCUGGCUAUUUAUAUAUGUGUCCUAUGUGUGCUGUAUGUGAUGUGUGUGUGGUGGGAGAGUGUGAGUGGAUGUGUGUGCAAAAAUGUGGUGGACACCACUAGGUGUAUGUAUAUGUUUAAGGACAACCAUCCAUAGAGUCAGGAUGACUAUGUGCAAAGUAAAUGUGUGAAUGUGGUGUAUGUGCUAAUGUGUGUGAUAGGAAACAUAUCCCAGAAGGGUGAGUGUGAAUGGUGGCACCCGGUAUGUGUAGGGUGUGUAAAGUACGUGGCCAUGUAGAGGGGUUUGUGUGCACAAACAUAAACAGAAGAAGGGACAUGUACAGAUAGUAAAGGUGAAUGCAUAUGGUGGCAGGGGGUGCCCAUGUGUGCGUUGAGUCUGUGGCGAUGUGUAGAUCUGUAUGUCUGUAUGUCUGUGUGUGGUAUGUGUCUGGGUCUAGUUUUCUUCUUAGCAGGGAUUGGUCAGGCCGGAACUCUUCUUGAACCCAGUGGAGAAUCAAGCAACUGCCACUUCCAUAAGAGGAGAGGGAAGAAGAGGAAAAAGAGAGGAGAGAAAGGAGGGGAAAGGAGAGGAGGAAGAAAGGAGGAGGGAAAAGGAAAGGGGGGAGGGAAGAAGGCUAAGAAGAGGGGGAGGAAGAGGAGGAGGAAAGAAAGAGAAGACGAGAAAAAGAAGAGGCGGAGGGAAAGAGGGGUGGAGAAGAAGAGGAGGAAGAAGAGGAAGAAGGGGAGGAGGAGGAAGAGAAGGGCAGGAGGAGCAAAGGAGGAGCAGGGGCGGGGGCCGGGGCCUUUCCAAGUUUGUUGGGACGGUACUUGGCAGCCCGUAGGGAUCGGAGCCUGAAGGUGGGGCGGGGGUGUUGGGGGUUCCCGGACCGUGUGAGGGGGAGGGGGAGCGGGGCUCUGUAGCCUGAGGGGCUGGCUCCGCUCUCCUCUCCUGUCCUUCGCUGCUCCUUGCCCGGCUCUUCCCCAGUCGCUUGCCGGGGCCCAUGUAUUGGAAGCAUGAGAACUGCGCCGCCCCAGCGCCCGCGGGCGGUCGCCUCCCUUCUGAAGGGGUCCCAGCCGACCAGGUGAUGGCUCAGCCAGGGCCCGGCUGUAAAGCCAGCUCCCGUUGCUUGGAGGGAACCGCACCGCCCAGCAUGGCUCAGUCCGACGGAGAUGCUCUAUCUGGGGGCCUAGACAAGGACGAGGGACGCUCUUCUCCCUGCACUCCCAGCACCCCUUCAGUCUGCUCGCCUCCCUCCGCCUCCUCCUCGGUGCCGUCCGCAGGCAAGAACAUCUGCUCCAGCUGCGGCCUCGAGAUUCUCGAUCGUUACCUGCUCAAGGUCAACAACUUGAUCUGGCACGUUCGAUGCCUGGAAUGCUCUGUCUGUCGAACGUCACUUCGGCAGCAGAAUAGCUGCUACAUUAAGAACAAGGAAAUCUUCUGCAAAAUGGACUAUUUCAGCCGGUUCGGUACCAAGUGUGCCCGGUGUGGCCGCCAGAUCUUUGCCAGUGACUGGGUUCGACGUGCACGGGGCAAUGCUUACCACUUGGCCUGUUUUGCCUGCUUCUCCUGCAAGCGGCAGCUCUCCACAGGCGAGGAGUUUGGGCUGGUGGAAGAAAAGGUGUUGUGCCGCAUCCAUUACGACACUAUGAUCGAGAACCUCAAGAGAGCAGCUGAGAAUGGCAAUGGAAUUACAUUGGAAGGGGCCGUACCAUCAGAACAGGACAGUCAACCAAAGCCAGCUAAGCGGGCGAGGACAUCCUUCACAGCGGAGCAGUUGCAGGUAAUGCAGGCCCAGUUUGCCCAGGACAACAAUCCUGAUGCACAGACACUUCAGAAGCUGGCAGACAUGACGGGUCUUAGUCGCCGAGUUAUCCAGGUUUGGUUUCAAAACUGCCGAGCCCGCCAUAAAAAGCACACACCUCAGCACACGGUGCCACCCUCUGGAGCUCCACAGUCUCGUCUAUCCUCCUCCCUGUCUGACGACAUCCACUACUCUCCCUUCAGCAGUCCUGAGCGAGCCCGCAUGGUCACCCUGCAUGGAUAUAUAGAAAGUCAGGUACAAUGUGGGCAGGUGCACUGUCGGCUUCCUUACACUGCCCCACCAGUUCACCUCAAAGCCGACAUGGAUGGACCACUCUCUAAUAGGGGUGAGAAGGUCAUCCUUUUUCAAUACUGACUACACAGACUCUUCCACAUCUGUCUAUGGUGAUUCCACAGCUGCCCCUCAGUCACUGAAAUCCUGUGUCUGCCCCUCACAACUAGUGGCUUCUGCCUCAGCCUUUCCAUUCAUUCCCAUGAACCACCAGCCAGUUCCUGGUCCCCAUUCAGCCACCCGGGGCCUUUUCUACCCCCCUGCUGAAAGCAGGCCCAGGGUUGUGCAGACUACGGUCAGCCAGCAUGGAUCCCCAGAACUACCGGGAACACUCCUGAGGCCACUUCUUGGAAGGCAAAGCUCCCCAAAAUUUGGAAACAGGGUGAAAAGAACUUUUAUUUUUAUUGAAACUGGAGUAAUUUUUAACUUGAGAAAAUUAGACUUAAGAAAGAAUGAAAUUGUCAGAACAGUAACAAUAUCCAAUUUAAUUUUUAAAAAUAUUGGCCUUUGUUACCCAUUUCCUUGAGACCAUCUAUGAAUUCUGAAUAGUUGACAACCCCAAAUGUUAUCCUCUCAGUUGCUUUUGUUUAAGAAACUAUACAGUUUUUAUGGGAAAUUCCCAAAAGAAAACUGUGUUCUAAUUUUAUCAUUUCCAUCUGUCUGGUUGUGUCAAGUUAAUUCAGAGAACAAAGUGAGACUUACCAGCUCUUGAGAGCCUCGUAGGAUGCAAAUGAAGAGCUUACCCGGCCAGAAGAAAAGGUGGCCCCACACUGGGCAUGAUGUCUAUGGAAGUCUUUGAACCUUUAAGUCAGUGGAAAUAUGUCCAGCUGCUAGUUUCCGGAAUGUAGCUGUUCCUCUAGGGAAAAAGCUUGUCGAACCAAGCAGAGAAACCUAACCAUCUAGGCCCACCCCAUUCCAAGGAUCGAUUUAUUGAUGUAAGUCGUAGAAUCAUAGAAUCUCUAAGUUGGAAGAGACCUUAGAGGCCAUCUCAUUUAAUCCCCAUCAAAAGCAUGCACCUCUUCUCUCCCAAGUAGCCCUUCAGCCUUUGCUUGAACACCUCCAUUGACAGGGAACUCAUUUUUUAAAGAAAAUAGAAACAAGAUGGAGAUUGAGAGAAAAAAAAGGAUUAGUCCUUCAAGCUAUACAACUUAUAUACAGAGUACAGAACAAAAAUGUUAUCAGAAUCUUUAACUCUUUCAGCAGAUGGGUACAGUAUGGGGCAAAAACCUCUAGACAAUUGUUUUAGAUUGGGUCAGCACAGAAAACAACUGCAGUGGCAAGUUUAGGGCAACAUUGUGAAGAGUUUAGCCAAUGUAGAGGUUGAAGCCUGGGUAGUCCAGAGCCCCAGGCAUUUCAGAGCAAUUUCCAGAAGGACUGAAUUUGAUGGGCAGGAAUGGGGAUACAGGGUCUACUUCCUUCCCACAAAAGUACAAGACACAAGUUAGGAUGCCAUGAUGUAUGUGUCCUAGAGGUUAUAGACAAUAAGACAGAGUGGUAUUUCUGAUGAUAGGCCUCAUUCUAAGUAAGGCUGUCCUGUGAGUUUUCUGUUAGGAAGAUGAAGGAGAUAUUAGGUUGGAAUUAUAGGACCUCCUUGAGAUAGCUACCAGCAAACUGACAAUGGGACAGUGUCUGUGAUUCUCCUCACUGGACAGGGGUAGUGCUGGUUUUGCCCUUUAGCUAGGUUCUGGAAGAUGUUCAGGCCAUUUAAGUAGAAUAACAGAGUCUACUAUCCCCACUUCAUCUAGGCAGUUGUUUUAUCUCAUGACUAGCAUAACCGCUGAAGAGUAGAAAGGAGUUUGGACCAAGAUUGAGGAAGGGGACUCCUGGAACAGUGACCUACCUUCUACAGUGGGCAUGACCUACUCUGUGAGGUUCUCCCUCAAGGAGUGGCAGGUAGGCUUAAUCUUCUCUUGUUUCAGCAGCACAAAACAGAAACUGUUCAUUAACUGGCAAGCUGCUUCCAAACAAGAAAGCCACUAAAGCAGACUGAAUAUUGUGAUCACUCUGACAUAUGCUUUUGACAUCUGCCUCAGGGAUAAUGUCUGCACAUUUCCCCAGAAAGACCUACUGCCUUGCCCCAUGCUUAUUCCAGAGCCCACUCUUCAAUAGAAAAAUCAAGAAUUCCUUCUCUAAGAAGUAUAUUCUUUUGCAUCCAUUAAGCCCCAGAUUUUCCAGAAAUACCAAGAAUAUGACAUUUUCUCAUUUUGUUAAAUAUCUAAAUACUGCAAAAAUCAUCUGAUUCAUUUUCUCAUUUGUAGCCACCACUAAUCAAACUUUAUCUCAGGUCAUUCUAUUUAACUCCUAUCACAGGUAACUUUCUUUACUGCACAUAUGUUAGAAUGAGCCACAGAGGGCUUUCAUGAUGCAUGAUUAAAGGGUGCCUGAGUGCUAUUUACAGAAACAGCAAGGACAAAGUAGGACACCAUUGGGUGUGGCAGAAAGGGUACCAUUCAGCGUUUGGAGACUUUGAGCAAGUCCCUUCUCCUCUCUAGGCCUCCAUUUCCUUAUUUGUAAAAUUAAAGAGGUCAAGUUGCAUGACCUCUGAAGAUCCUUUCCAUCUCUUCUUUGUUCUAAGGUUCUUUUUAACUCUAACAUGCUAUGUUCUAUUUUUGACAUUCUAUAUUCUACAGUCCCUUUCGAAUAUAAUAGUCUAUGUUUCAUGUUCUAACAUUCUCUGUUCUAAGAUUCAUUACAUCUUAAAAUUUUAUGUUCUAGGGUCCCUCUCAACUCUAACAUUCCAUAUUCUAAGGCCCUUUCCAGCUCUAAGUGCCCAUGAUUUUCUGAAACACUCAGAGUAGGGGAGGAAUUGAGAUGAGGAGGGGGACCCCAUAAGAAGAUCUCUGAAUCAUGAACACUAUUUAAUCCUAACAGCUGGUCCCAGAUCUCAGAGAAGGGAAUGGUUUCAGAAUUGCUUACCAAAAUUUUUCCAGUGAUUUCUUUGUUCCUUAUGGUUAAAACCCCAACACUAACUUAGAGGGAAGAUCAAUGGGUGAACCAAGUACAAGAGUCACCACAGACACAAGUUCAACUUAAGACUUUGCCCCAAAAUUGUAUCCCUAUGGUGGCUCAUAUGUUCCCAGCAUGCUGCAGAUCUAAAAGAUCUCCACUACUAUGGUCAGAGCAGCCUUGGACACAGCAAGCAGUCAAAACUAAUAUUUAUUUAAAUACAAAACAAAAGGGAAGAUGGAAGAAAAACAAAAAUAAAAAAUAAAAAAAUUGUAAGCACUUUUUUUUGUAAAACCAAUGUCUGUUUUGUUACAUACUUUUAAUGUUGUGUGCUUUGUAAAUGUCUUAUUUGUGUAAUAAAUAAAGUUAAUGCAAAUAGAAGUGCUGGCACUUACAUCAAGAAAA